AUGUCUGUCGUUUCGAGGCAAUUGAGUAAUGGAGCUGGUCAUUUACCCAGAUUGGGCGACAUACUCACGAGAAAGAUCAACCAUGACGUCGAGGAAGACGACAUGAUCGUGUGGGACAGGGGUGUCUUUCUCAACGAGCUCCAGAAACAAGGCAUCAUCUUCAAAACUAACGUUGACGGCACAGUCAGUGGUAGUCUUGCUACCGGUACAGGUCUCAAGAACGGAACAUACAGGGGCACGCGAAUGGCAUUGACGGAAAUAUAUAGUUUGAUUGAAGAAGCCGCUGCCUCGCACUUUGACACGCAAGGCUUUGAACCGAUCAUUCCUAAGAGACGGGACCUCAGCCAGAAACAAGAUGUAUACAAGUGGAGCGACCCUCUCAUCGACAGCUUUCCCCCUCAUCUGAACACUGUGCCACCGGAGCAAGCCGACGGAACACCAGGCGUUGGCAACAUCUUUGACCUCAAAGAGCUUCAGUUUGUCACGACCAUCGCGCAGGUACUAUCCUUCAUCGUGCCCGAGACCAUCACUCAAACAGGUACACCGUUCGAGGGGCCAACGCUUGCCGACUGCGAGAAGUACAAUCUGGAGCACCCAAGUCAGAAGACUGACAUAAUGAAUGGCGAGAACAUCGGCAACAAAGCUGACUGGUACUCGGAUGCUCGAUUUGCCCAACAACAUUUGAGUGGAGUGAACCCCUCGACCAUCGAGAGGGCGGCGCCGGAGAAGGUGAAAGCAUACAUUGACGAAGCCAGCAAGCAAGGGCUUGAAAACAUGAACAGGUUGCUUUCGGGAAGCAAAGAUCUCUUCAUCCAAGAUUACUCGUAUUUCCGCAACGCGACCGGUCUGAGUAAUGAAGAAGAUUUCCGAAAUGUAAUACCAGAGAUGGAUGCAACCAAAACCCCGCCUGUUCCCACGGGAAAGAUGGCCUUUCGAUUCGCUUGCGCCCCGGUUGUAAUCUUCGAGCUUCACGGUGACGGUCGUCUUCACCCACUAGCCAUCACGCUCGACUACAAGGGCAGCCUAGAGAAAUCCAUUACCAUGUUCAACCAACGGCUGUCACCAGAUGACAAGGGCGAGAUUGAUGAGAAGGCUGAUUGGGCUUGGAGGUAUGCCAAAACUUGCGCACAGACGGCCGACUGGGCAAGACAUGAAGUAGCUACUCACCUAGUCGAUACGCACAUGGUCGAGGAAGCGAUCAUUGUCGCAACAAACCGGACGAUUCCUGAAGACCACAUCUUGUACGAGACUCUAAGCCCACAUUGGUUCAGGACGCUUGCACUGAACAGCGCUGCCCGCUCUGUACUGGUUCCAGCCGUGAUCGCCCGGCUUGCUGGUCUCGGUCCAAGCUGGCCUCUCAAUCCCAAAGAUCCCAAGAGCCUGCAAGCCAGCCGGACCAUGAGACUGGUGCGGUGGUCGUACGACAACUUCCACUUCCAAAACAAGUACAUCCCCAAUGACCUCAAGAGGCGCGGCUUCAACCCGGAAGAGCUGUUCGACGACAAGUACCGCAACUACCCAUACGCCAUUGACAUGUACCUUCUCUGGGGCGUGAUCCACGACUUUGUCAAGUCGAUACUCGAGACGAAAUACAAAUCCGACAGCGCCGUGCAAGACGACCCCUACCUCUCCGCAUGGUGCAAGGAGAUCCAAACCGCGGGCCAGCUCCCCAGCUUCCCCACCAUAACCAGCGUAGACCAACUGGUCGACGCUGUCACAAUGUGCAUCCACACCGCCUCACCGCAGCACACAGCGGUCAACUACCUGCAAGACUACUACUACAGCUUCGUCCCGGCGAAGCCACCGGCACUGUGCACGCCGCUCCCCGCCGACCUCGCAACGCUCAAGUCCUACACGGAAGCCGACCUCACCGCCGCGCUGCCCAUCGGGCCAGAGAGCCCCAAGUGGAAGGACUGGCUCCUAGCCGCGCAGCUGCCCGAGCUGCUCAGCUACAAAGUCGACAAUAGGUACACGCUGCUCGCGUACGCAAAGUCGCUGUACAAUGUCAACAAGAGCCGCACGAGCUUCGAAGACAAGGAGUGGGACUCCAAGACGAUUAAGCGAGCGGCUGCGCUGUUCUAUAGCCGGCUGAAGGAGCUGGAUGGCGUGUUUGGGAUUGUGAGUCAGAGGCAGACGGAGGGGACGGUCGAGUACAAGGUCUUGCAGCCUGAGCUGACUGCAGUUUCUAUUCUGAUCUGA